AUGCCUUAUCUCAUUUGGUUUAGUAGUCAUAACAAAUAUGAUGACUGUAAAAUUAGUGAAUUAAAUUCUUUGUUGGAAAUCUACGGAUAUGGAAAGGAGUACGAUAAAAAGGGAAAAGAAAAAGGAAAGGAAAAAGAAAAUGAUAGAGAGAAGAAGGAAGAAUAUAAUAUGAAUCAGAUAGAAUUAUUCGAAACAGUAAAAAAAAGCUGUGAUAGAAAAAAUAGAGAAUGGGAAGAGAAAUUUAAGAUUAGUAGGAUGAUUACAAAUAAGUUUAGAAAUGAGGUAUUUCUUAAAAUAAAUAUAUCAGAAGAAGAUUUAUGGGUAAAUGUAAUAUCAAGGAGUGUUUUAAUAAAAGGUGUUAUUGAAUUAUGGAGUGAAGGGAAUUCAUAUAAUGAAAUAUUAAAAGAAUUAUUAUUAAAAAAAGAUUUAUUUGAAAAAACAUUGAAAGAUAAGAAAUGGUGUUUUUGUUUUAAUUCAUAUGGAAAAAUAAUUAAUCAAGAAGAAAAAGUAGACAAAAUGAAUUUUUUUAAAAUAUUAUUAGAACCAUAUACAAAUAUUGAUUUAAUGAAUCCCCAAGUACAAAUUGGAUUAAUUGAGGAAUAUGAACAAGAAAGUAAUCAUUCCCAUAUUUUAAAAAGAGUGUAUUUUGGAAAAUGUAUUGCACUUCGUAGAAAUCAAUAUAUGAAUAAUAUAAAUAAAUUAAAAAAUGAUCAUAAAAUAAUUGGAAAACCAAAAAUAGCUUGGUGGACUUCAUAUGCAUUAAAUAAAAGACCAAUAUUAGGACCGACUACAACAGAUAAUGAUUUAGCAUUUAUUAUGUGUAAUAUAGCAAAAAUAAAAAAAGGUGAUAUUGUAUUAGAUCCUUUUGUUGGUUCAGGUGGUUUAUUAAUAACAAGUUCGAUUUUUGGUGCUAUAUGUAUUGGUAAUGAUAUUGAUAUAAGAUUAUUAAAAGGCUAUAAAUUAUCUUAUUUAAAUCCUCAUAUGAAGCAUAAAAGUAAUAAUAAAUCAAUAUUUGAAAAUUUUUUAUAUUAUAAUUUAAAUAUACCAGAAAUUAUUGUAUCUGAUAAUUCAAAUCCUACUUGGAACUUUUUUCAUAAGCCAUGGGUUGAUGCUAUAAUUACAGAUCCACCAUAUGGAAAUAGAGCAACUGUAAGGAUAUGUGUAAAUAAUAAUGUAGAAAUGAAUAAUGUGCAAAAUAGGGAUAUAUUACCUAUAUGUGUAGAAAAUGAACAAAGUAUAAAUGAAUAUAAUAAUAAUAAUUUAUGUAGUAGUGAAGAAAAAUUAAAAAAGAAAGAAAAAAAUAUUUCAAAUGCAAAAACUAUUACAUAUAAUUGUACUUCAGCUGUAAAAGAUUUAUUAAAUAUUGCAUCAAAUGUUCUAGUUGAUAAUGGUAUGUUAGUUUUUUUGUUUCCUGUACAAUUAGAUACAAUACAAGAAGAAAUAAAUAUUUUAAAACAUUCUGAUUUUUAUUUAAUUUCUUAUGAUUUGCAAACAUUUACUCCCAUUACAGGAAGACUAAUAGUAUCAAUGCAGAGAAAGGCAAGAAAGGUAUAA